GUUUGUUUGGAGGGAAAACAACAGCACAAAUAGGCCAUCACGACAGCACUCCCCUCGUAUCUUGUCUUCUUUAGCGUCACAGGAGCAUGGCGAAGGAGCGUCCUUGUGCCCUACGCUGGAGCUCGAGCUGAGAGAGAGAGAGAGAGAGAGAGAGAGAGAGAGAGAGGGAGGGGAGAUGCAGCGUCAGUCAGCUGCAGUAGGCAGAGGACAGCGGCAGCAGUAGCAGCAGUGGCUGCCGUUCUCUAUUGUUCAGCCAGAACGUUCUUCUUUCCUUUCCAGCCAACCAGAGGAGCAGAAGCCCAGGAGGUCCGCUACAUGCGCCUUUCCUUCGGGGAACACUAACUGAAGAGGCACACAAACACUUUCAGUCUGUACGACUGAACUUCUUUCUCUGCUCUCGUUGGGGUUUCUCUUCCUCCUGACCGAGUGGAUUUUACGCAACUCAGGGGAGCCAUGGGACUUGGGGUUAGGGGUGCAAGGACAGCGUUCCUGUGUUUAUGGAGGUUAUUUUUACUACUCAGUGGAAUCUGGACCGCUUACACCCAAACGUCAGAAGAUGGGAAGUCGCUGUACUUCUGGGAGACAGGUCCGUGGGGCAGAUGUAUGGGCAGCGAGUGCGGUCCAGGAGGCAGUCAGAGUCGGGCGGUGUGGUGCGCUCAUGUGGAAGGCUGGACCACCCUUCACACCAACUGCCUUCAGUCCACACGGCCGGCCAACCAACAGAGCUGCUUCCGUGUCUGCGACUGGCACAGGGAUCUGUAUGACUGGCGGUUGGGCAGGUGGAACCAGUGUGUUCCCAUAUCGCUGCGCACCGGCCGCACGGGCGUUUGCCUGCAAGGCGAAGAGGGCAUCCAGACGCGGGAGGUGAACUGUGUGCUCAAGGCGGACAGCUCGGCUGCGGACCACGCCAUCUGUGAGUACUUUGAGCCCAAACCCCGACAGGAACAAGCCUGUUUAAUUCCUUGCCCUCAAGACUGUGUGGUGACCGAGUUCACCCCGUGGACCACGUGCUCCAAGACCUGCGGGCUGGGUCUGCAGAACCGCGUCCGCUCCGUCGUGGCACCGCCGCUGUUCGGCGGGCUUCCUUGCCCCAAUCUGACGGAGUUCCAGACGUGCGUGCCGAGGGCCUGCGAGGGCAGAGAGACGGUGUUCAGUCUGAAAGUGGGUGGAUGGAGCGAGUGCAAGCUGCCUUCUUUAAUUUCACCUCCGGCCUCCUCGGCUGCCCCCUCGCGCACCGCCCGCCAAGCCCGCCGGCGGAAAGGCAAAGAGAGGAAAGGGAACCGUGAUCCGGAGAUGCGAGAGCUCAUCAAGAGCAAAAGGAACCGCAACAGGCUGAAUCGACUAGAGGACGACCUCUGGAAUAUGGAAAUAGGCUACCAGUCUCGGCAAGUGGUGUGUGUGCAUCGAAACGGAAGCACGGUGUCACUCAGUCAGUGUCCCCACUGGAGUCUGCCGGAGACGUACCUGUCCUGCCUGAUGCCCAAAGACUGUUUGGUCAGUGAAUGGAGCCUGUGGGGCUCCUGCUCUAAGACCUGCUUGGACCCCAGUGUUCCUCAGGGCUCCCGCUCCCGCAGCAGACAGCUGAUGCGACUUCCUACCGGAGGAGGGUCCGAGUGUCCCCAGCUGGAGGAGAGCCAGGCCUGUGAACCUGAAGGGGACGGGGUUCCACCCUGCGCUGCUUAUGCCUGGCGGAGCACUGAAUGGAGCGAGUGUCGUGUUGACGCGCUGCUCAGCCAGCAGGACCGGCGGCGAGGGAAUCAGACGGGUUUGUGUGGCGGAGGUGUUCAGAGCAGAGAAGUGUACUGCGCCCAAGCCAACGCAGAACUGCUCAGCUACAUCAAUAACAACAAAGACAAACAAGAAGGUCAGUCAUCCAACGGCCAGAUGCCUAGUGUCCCUCCCCUCCUGUCUAUCAGCUAUGAGAUCUCAGCAUCACGACCCAUAGACAUUCGGCUCUGCAAGGGAACGACUCCGAGUACCACGCAGCUGUGUCACAUCCCGUGCCCUGUGGAGUGUGAAGUGUCCCCGUGGGGUGCCUGGGGGCCCUGCACCUUUGAGAAUUGCGAUGAACGGGUGGUGAAGAAAGGUUUCAAGUUCAGACGACGCACAAUCACUAAUUACCCCACGGGUGGUGAGGGAAACUGUCCUCAUCUGGUGGAGGCCAUCCCGUGUGAUGAUCCCAGCUGUUUUAGCUGGCAGCUGGUCAAACUAGAGGAGUGUAUCCCAGAGGAAGACAUGGACUGUGGAGAGGGAACACAGACUCCACAGGUCCGCUGCAUCAACAGCCAAGGUAGCGAGGUGGAGAAGGAGAUGUGUGUGGAUGAGGACUACCCUUCUUCUGUGCCCUGUGUGGUUCCCUGCCCUAAAGACUGCGCUCUUAGCCUCUGGACCGAAUGGUCCACCUGCUCCCAGACCUGCUCCAGUAAAACCGCAGAAGGCAAGCAGAUGAGAACCCGAGCCAUACUGGCUUACAAUGCAGGAGAAGGAGGUUCCAGCUGUCCGAACACCAGCGCCCUGCAGGAGGUGCGGAACUGUAAUGAGCAUCCCUGCAUCGUGUAUCACUGGCAGACGGGCCCCUGGGGACAGUGCGUGGAGGACACCACCACAUCCACCCUCAAUACCUCCUCCAGCGCAGACAAGUCCACCUGCACCAUGGGCGUGCAAACGCGCAAGGUCAUCUGCGUAAAAGUCAACGUCGGACAGGUGCCGCCAAAAAAAUGUCCUGAAGCCCCUCGGCCGGAGUCAGUGAGACCCUGUCUGCUGCCCUGCAAGAGAGACUGUAUCAUCACACCCUUCAGUGAUUGGACAGAGUGCCCCACUUCCUGUGAAGCAGGUGUGAAUGGGAAGAAGAAUAAACAGUUUCGCUAUCGAGUGAUCAUCCAGAUGCCAGCUAAUGGAGGUCAGGAGUGUCCAGACGUUCUUUAUGAAGAGAAAGACUGUGCGACUCCAUCUGUGUGUCCGGGAUACAGGUGGAAAACACACAAGUGGCGUAAAUGUCAGCUGGUCCCAUGGAGCAUCCGCAGAGACAGUAAAGGAGCUCAGGAGAACUGUGGAGCUGGAGUCCAAACUAGAGCUAUCUCGUGUAGGCAGCUGGAUGGUACGGUGGCUGAUGUGGUUCAGUGUCUGAAGUUUACCAGCAGCAUGCCGGUUAUGAGCCAGCCCUGCCAGUUACCUUGCCGAGAUGACUGCCAGCUCACCAACUGGUCCAAGUUCUCUCCUUGCACCUCGGACUGUGUAGGGGUCCGUACACGGAGGAGAGCUCUCGUGGGAAAAAGCAAGAAGAAGGACAAGUGUAAGAACAGCCAGAUGUACCCGCUGAGCGAGACCCAGUACUGCCCCUGUGACAAAUACAACGCUCAGCCGGUGGGAAACUGGUCUGACUGCAUCCUGCCCGAGGGCCGCGUGGAGAACGCCGCAGGCAUGAAGGUGCAGGGGGAUGUGAAGGAGUGCGGACAGGGCUACCGAUACCAGGCCAUGGUGUGCUACGACCAGGACAACAGGCUCGUGGAGACUUCACGCUGUAACAGUCACGGGUAUAUCGAGGAGGCCUGCAUCGUCCCCUGUCCGUCUGAUUGUAAACUCAGCGAAUGGUCCAACUGGUCACGAUGCAGUAAAUCCUGUGGCAGCGGGGUCAAAGUUCGCUCAAAAUGGCUCAGAGAAAAGCCUUACAAUGGAGGAAGACCCUGCCCAAAACUGGACCACCUUAACCAGGCACAGGUGUAUGAGGUGGUCCCGUGCGUCAGUGACUGCAGUCAGUAUGUCUGGGUAGCUGAACCCUGGAGCGUGUGGAAGGUCAGUAACGUGGAUCUGAAGGAGAACUGUGGCGAGGGCGUUCAGACCAGAAGAGUCAGGUGUAUGUUGAACACAGUGGACGGUCCCUCUGAUGCGGUGGAGGACUAUCUGUGUGAUCCAGAGGAGAUGCCGCAGGGCACGAGGGAGAGCCGUCUGCCCUGUCCCGAGGACUGUGUGCUGUCCGACUGGAGCCCCUGGACCCCAUGUGACCUGCCGUGUUCUGGAAGAGGAGAUCGAGAGAGGACGGCGUUUGCACUGCGUCUGCCUAAAGAGGGAGAGGACUGUCCAGUUAGCAUGCAGACCGAGCCCUGUCUCCUGAACCACAACUGCUUUCACUACAGCUACAACAUCACUGACUGGAGCACCUGCCAAUUAAGUGCCAGCGCUGUGUGUGGAAUCGGUCUCAAGACGAGGAUGCUGGACUGCGUUAGAAGUGACGGCAAAUCUGUUGACCUCAAAUACUGCGAGGAGCUGCGCUUAGAGAAGAAAUGGCAGAUGAAUGCUUCCUGUACAGUGGAGUGUCCAGUCAACUGCCAGCUCUCUGAUUGGUCAGCAUGGUCCGACUGCUCACAGACCUGUGGUCUUGAAGGGAAGAUGUAUCGCAGACGGACGGUGGUUGAGGCGUCUCAGGGGGACGGCAGGCCGUGUCCGUCUCAGAUGGAGCAGUGGAAGCCGUGUCCUGUGAGACCCUGCUACAGAUGGCAGUACGGCCCGUGGUCCGAGUGCCGUGUCGAGGAGGUGGUGUGUGGGGUGGGCCUGCGUUUCCGGAACCUGUCGUGCUUUGUAUCAGACGGCUCUGUCGAUGGGAAGAGCAGCACUGUAGAGGAAGAGCUCUGUGCUGGACUGGAGCAGGCCGUUGAUGGAGAUAAGAAUAUUGUUCUGGAGGAGACCUGCACCUUACCCUGCCCUGGUGACUGUUACCUGAUGGAGUGGUCCGACUGGAGCCCGUGUCAGAGUGUGUGUGUGAAGGGCCAGCGUCUGGACUUCACUCCGGUGCAGGUCCGUUCACGUGCCGUCAUCGCUCAGGAGCCGGAGAACAUCGCUCAGUGUCCCGAUCUGGAGUGGCAGACCCGGCCCUGCAGCAAUGGGGAGUGUUAUGAGUACCAGUGGAUGGGCAAUCCUCAGCUGAUCUGGUGUCAGCGCUCGGAUGGAAUAAACGUCACAGGUGGAUGCCCUCCAGCGCUACUGCCAGGGACGGACCAGUCAUGUGAUCCACCUUGUGACAAACCACAGUCAUUUUGCUCAGAGGAGGGUGUAUGUAUGUGCGAGGAGGGCUAUACAGAGGUGCUGACGGCUGAGGGGAUGCUGGAGCAGUGUACACCCAUCCCUGUGCUCGAAAUCCCCACCGCAGGGGACAAAAAAUCUGAUGUGAAGACCAGCCGGGCGGUCAACCCCACCCUGCCCUCCACUGUACAGCCUGGACGUGUCGGGCGCACCUGGUACCUGCAACCCUUUGGACCAGAUGGAAAGCUGAAGACGUGGGUGUAUGGCGUGGCGGCAGGUGUUUUUGUCCUCCUGGUAUUUAUAGUGUCAAUGAUUUACCUCGCAUGCAGUUACUGUGCCAUGCGGCGGUCUCUCGGGACGCCAGAUUCUGCCAAUGGUACGGUGGUAUGGAUGGGCCAAGAUGCCCAUGAGCUGACCUACACCUGCCCUGAGUGCCAGCAGCCGAGUCAAGAGUCAAGAGCCAGUUAAAGGCUGGAGAAACAGGCUCCUGAUGUCCUAACAUCUCAGCCGCCUCUGCCUCGUGCCUCCUCCUCAGUCUGUGCCUUACGUUCUGAUGCUAAAUGCAUCAAGCUGCCCGG